AUGGCGUGUAUGAAGGACUUGCUACAACGUCCUGGGUGGAAAUAUUUCAUCAAUUUGACAGGACAGGAAUAUCCCCUCAAGACGAAUCUGGAGAUUGUCCGAAUUCUGAAGAUCCUGAAUGGUGCAAACAGUAUAGAUGCUACCACGAACAAGAAGUGGAAAAAACUAUGGAAGCACUUGGGGAAUCCGCAUCAUAAAAUACGUACUUACAAGGGCAACACUCAUAUCGUGGCGUGUAGGGGAUUUGUGGACUACAUCAUGAACAACCCAAUCGCAAAAGACUUUGCAAAGUGGGUAAAAAACGCAGUGGUUCCGGAUGAAACAUUUUUCCCGUCUCUUAAUCACAACCCGCACCUCAAGGUGCCAGGCUCAGCCUUAGUACAUAUACAAACGAAUACACGGAAACCCUACAUUGCUCGGUUCAAGAAUUGGGGAGCUGCUUGGGGAGACGGUAUUAUGAAUUGGCCCUGUAAAGGAAAGCGCGUGAGGGAUAUCUGCAUAUUUGGUGUAGGCGAUCUCCGUCUGUUGACGUCACGCAUGGAACUGUUUGCCAACAAGUUCUACAUCAAUUAUCAGCCACGAACAUUUGAAUGCAUAGAGGAGUGGCUGAGAGAAAGAGCCAUGAAUGAAGACAAACAGAACAACACCAUCGACUAUGAAUAUUACCGAAAUAUGGAAUAUCUGAAAUAUAUCUAUAGAAAUGGCACACUUGUGUAG